AUGAACGCCUUCAUGGUGUGGUCCCGCGGGCAGCGGCGCAAGAUGGCCCAGGAGAACCCCAAGAUGCACAACUCGGAGAUCAGCAAGCGCCUGGGCGCCGAGUGGAAGGUCAUGUCCGAGGCGGAGAAGCGGCCGUUCAUCGACGAGGCCAAGCGGCUGCGCGCGCUGCACAUGAAGGAGCACCCGGAUUACAAGUACCGGCCGCGCCGCAAGACCAAGACGCUGCUCAAGAAGGACAAGUACUCGCUGGCCGGCGGGCUGCUGGCGGCGGGCGCGGGCGGCGGCGGUGCGGCCGUGGCCAUGGGCGUGGGCGUGGGCGCGGCGGCCGUGGGCCAGCGCCUGGAGAGCCCCGGCGGCGCGGCGGGCGGCGGCUACGCGCACGUCAACGGCUGGGCCAACGGCGCCUACCCCGGCUCGGUGGCCGCGGCCGCGGCGGCCGCUGCCAUGAUGCAGGAGGCGCAGCUGGCCUACGGGCAGCACCCGGGUGCGGGCGGCGCGCACCCGCACGCGCACCCGGCGCACCCGCACCCGCACCACCCGCACGCGCACCCGCACAACCCUCAGCCGAUGCACCGCUACGACAUGGGCGCGCUGCAGUACAGCCCCAUCUCCAACUCGCAGGGCUACAUGGGCGCCUCGCCCUCGGGCUACGGCGGCCUCCCCUACGGCGCCGCCGCCGCCGCCGCCGCCGCCGCGGGCGGCGCGCACCAGAACUCGGCCGUGGCGGCGGCGGCGGCGGCGGCGGCCGCGUCGUCGGGCGCCCUGGGCGCGCUCGGCUCGCUCGUCAAGUCGGAGCCGAGCGGCAGCCCGCCGGCCCCCGCGCACUCGCGCGCGCCGUGCCCCGGGGACCUGCGCGAGAUGAUUAGCAUGUACCUGCCGGCCGGCGAGGGCGGGGACCCGGCGCAGAGCCGCCUGCACGCGCUGCCGCAGCACUACCAGGGCGCGGGCGCCGGCGUCAACGGCACGGUGCCCCUGACGCACAUCUAG